CAGACCCCGUGUAACAGUACCUUGCCCCGCAUCCUCGUCUCCACACCUCGUCCAAGAAGACGUCUGUGAAGAAACUGCCAUCUUUAUUCUUUUGGAACCAGCCUUGGCCUCACUCCACAUCCCAGCAUGUCUUUUGCGUUCAUUGGCAUGAUGAUACUUCUUGGUUUUUUGAAGACGACCGCAUUCGUCCUGCAUCCAUCCAAUGAGGAGCCUGCAGCCCCUGCUAUUUCUUCACGGUCUCAGCAAAGGUGCAAGGACGAGUCAUUGCAGUCGAUCAGGAAGGGUCUCCUGCGGGCUCUCAACCUGCAGGCUGAGCCACAGCUGCCUGCUGGUGGGAUAGACAGCGUCCGUGAGCAGUGGCAGAGAACAAUCGGCUUCAUUCCUCAGGCUGCAAAAAAGACGGCACCAGCCACUGAUUACUCUGUAUCGCAUGACAGUGGAAACAGAACGGGCCUGACGUGUUGCUCUGUGGCCUCCGAGGUCUCCAUGGAAGACCUUGGCUGGGACAGCUGGGUGAUCCAUCCUUUGAGCCUGACCUUUGUUCAGUGUGCCCUGUGCAACCCUGCAGAUGGCACCGCGCAAUGUCCCUCAUCCUCCUCCGGUGUCCAAGGUGCCAGCUCACUGGAUCCUUUGCCAUGUUGCCAUCCUGCCGUGCAGGAAACACUGAAUAUGGUCUACAUGGAUGAAACCGCCACCAUCAUCAUCUCCCCAAUCGAGGUGAACCGCAGCUGCGGCUGUGGUCCUGGCAACGGCCCACAGCCCAGCACAGAGUGAGCUGAAGUCUGUCCCGCAUGAGAUCCAAGCCACCUGGCAUAUCCAAAAUAUCUUUGUACACAGACUUGCUUUGUCAGAUGUUAAAUCACCCACCUGUACUGCCCUCUAUCUUAAAUUGUUACUCUGUGUACUCAGGGCUGAUCGUGGGAACCAAAGCAACGUCUCAGUUUUGCAUUCCUGCUGCUCCCGUAUACCAAAAACAGAUUUGUUGAGCCUGAACGUCUUGAAAAUUAGACCCUGCUUCUGGAAAAGACAACAAUUGGGAUCUUUUUAAAAAAGAAACAUUAUCUAGAUGAGAAAAUAUUGUCUUUUUUUUUUUAAAUCUCAGAUUUUUCAACAUUGUUAGCUGGAAAAGAACUGUGGUUCAGAUGUCAUCUAUGUAGUUGGUGCUCUCAAGUCAUUUAUUUAUAGCUGCUAACGGUUACUCUGUGUUCCCUCUAAAAAUGUGAGAGAGAGUCUUGCCAAAUACUUGACUGGCCAGUUUUAUUUCUUAACUGAAUUGUGAGGCCACCAUGGCUUCUUACGGGAAGGAUGUUGGUUUAUUCUCAGCAGGCAAACCAGGGUUAGAAAAAUAAGGGUGUAAAUUUUAUAGUGCCCUGUGAAGGCUAGAUUUAAAGUCUGCACGGCUACGGAGCUCUCAAAUUUAUUCAUCUUUCAGAAACCUUGUAAAAUGAAAAGCCUUGGUAUUUGAGGGAGGUUUAGCCAUAAAAUAACUGUACUGUGCACCAAUAACACGCAGUAAUGUAGUACAAAAGACAAUCUAAAAUGCAAGUGUAUUUAUUCACUUUUCACUAACUACAUAAGGGUUAAGAAUUAAAUUAAAACAUCAUUUGAAUACACUUAACUUGAUAAAAUUUGAUUACAAAAAACAUGAUUUUAGUCAGCACUGGGUGAACUUUUGAAGGCAUGCAGCUUUCGAGGAACUCUCCAUGUUUUUUAGAAUAAUUACACUGCGGUGUUUGUAUGUCCAAAAUGCUUACGGGAAAACACCCUACCAUUAAAACGUGGUUUUAAGGUUCACUUGGAUCCUAACAAUCCUUUGGCAAAGCACCAUUUCCAGAUUUAAGCUAUCCAAAGAACAUGUCCUCGAAAUUUUUCUUAAGCAAUUUUUGGUCAGUUUGACGUUUUCACCAUUGUUGCCAGAGUUAGGAUUUGGCUUAUUGUAAUUUUUAAUCAGCAAAACCUUCAAGCUUAUCCUAACUGGAAAGACAGUUAUUUCUCUGUUUGAGCUCUAAUGACAAAAACAACACUUAUUUUAAUAUAUACAUUCACAAAUUUUAAAUAGAUUUAAUGUUUUCUUCUGGGUACUUUUAAUAGCUUCUCGAGUAGUGACAAUUGUUAAUGAUUUCAGGGUUUUUUUUCAUUAUUUUUUCAAAAUUUUUAUUGUAGUUUUGUACUAACUUCACAAAGUUACCUCACAGUUGACGUCUUCCUCCCCCCUCCCACACACAGUGUGUAACUACUUUUAAUAAACACAUUUAGAUCCAAUGUUUAGGACUUUGCUUUGCUUUUGGAAUCAUUUGUAUCAAUUGUGUGAUUUCUUGCUCUUGAUUAUUUCAAUAAAAAAUGACUGCAAUGCUUUUAAACUCA